CAUGAAACAUAUUGUACGAAAGGCCACACGCUUUGCAUCGCAAGUCAUAACAUUUCAGUGUCAUCCAACUUCAAUUCCAGACGGGUGGGCUUUCUGCGCACCAUAUUAUAUCCACCAAUGUUGGCUGUGAAGCAGAUGUGCCCAAGGCUGACCGUAUCAUUCAUUGUGGUGAACAGUGGGACCAGAGAUGUCUGACGAGGAUGAAGCUCCGCUGGUGAAGAAGACCAGCAUUUUCUAUGGCAGUCUGGAGGAGAGGGAGCGGCUGGGACGAGUGUCCUCUGGGUCCCUUGAGCUUGCGGAACACGUGAGUGAGCUUCAGUCUGAGAACCUGAAUAACUACUGCAGUCAAAUCGGUGACGACAGGCCUAAAUCCUUCUGCCAAUUUAGCCCGAACUCCAAAAUGUUUGUGACUGCCGCUUGGAGUGGCCUGUGUAAACUGUGGAAUGUUCGACUGCACCCUUAUCUGUACUCUUCGGGGCCACAACACCUACGUGGGGGCCAUCUGUUUCCAUCCUCAGGCCACAACACCUACGUGGGGGCCAUCUGUUUCCAUCCUCAGGCCACAACACCUACGUGGGGGCCAUCUGUUUCCAUCCUCAGGCCACAACACCUACGUGGGGGCCAUCUGUUUCCAUCCUCAGGCCACAACACCUACGUGGGGGCCAUCUGUUUCCAUCCUCAGGCCACAACACCUACGUGGGGGCCAUCUGUUUCCAUCCUCAGGCCACAACACCUACGUGGGGGCCAUCUGUUUCCAUCCUCAGGCCACAACACCUACGUGGGGGCCAUCUGUUUCCAUCCUCAGGCCACAACACCUACGUGGGGGCCAUCUGUUUCCAUCCUCAGGCCACAACACCUACGUGGGGGCCAUCUGUUUCCAUCCUCAGGCCACAACACCUACGUGGGGGCCAUCUGUUUCCAUCCUCAGGCCACAACACCUACGUGGGGGCCAUCUGUUUCCAUCCUCAGGCCACAACACCUACGUGGGGGCCAUCUGUUUCCAUCCUCAGGCCACAACACCUACGUGGGGGCCAUCUGUUUCCAUCCUCAGGCCACAACACCUACGUGGGGGCCAUCUGUUUCCAUCCUCAGGCCACAACACCUACGUGGGGGCCAUCUGUUUCCAUCCUCAGGCCACAACACCUACGUGGGGGCCAUCUGUUUCCAUCCUCAGGCCACAACACCUACGUGGGGGCCAUCUGUUUCCAUCCUCAGGCCACAACACCUACGUGGGGGCCAUCUGUUUCCAUCCUCAGGCCACAACACCUACGUGGGGGCCAUCUGUUUCCAUCCUCAGGCCACAACACCUACGUGGGGGCCAUCUGUUUCCAUCCUCAGGCCACAACACCUACGUGGGGGCCAUCUGUUUCCAUCCUCAGGCCACAACACCUACGUGGGGGCCAUCUGUUUCCAUCCUCAGGCCACAACACCUACGUGGGGGCCAUCUGUUUCCAUCCUCAGGCCACAACACCUACGUGGGGGCCAUCUGUUUCCAUCCUCAGGCCACAACACCUACGUGGGGGCCAUCUGUUUCCAUCCUCAGGCCACAACACCUACGUGGGGGCCAUCUGUUUCCAUCCUCAGGCCACAACACCUACGUGGGGGCCAUCUGUUUCCAUCCUCAGGCAACAACACCUACGUGGGGGCCAUCUGUUUCCAUCCUCAGGCCACAACACCUACGUGGGGGCCAUCUGUUUCCAUCCUCAGGCCACUCUGA